UUCUAGUUUUUGGUUGUAAAUUGUAAAUAACGAAAUUGUCGACGUUUCAACUUACUCUCUUCUGAAGAAUUGGUCUUGAUUGAUAAAAUUCUGCAACAUGUCAAAUGAUUGGAAUGAAAUUAAGCGUCUGGCUGCCGACUUUCAUAAGGCCCAAUUUACGAGUGGGUUACAAAAGUUGUCGGAAAGCAAUUGCGUCGAAGUUGUAUCCUUCCUUCUACGCAAAAAUUUCGUUUCUGUUGUGUUUACAAAUGAUGGCAAGGAGUAUGUUACCCCCGAGCAUUUAGAAAAACAAGUGUUAGAUGAAGUCUACAUGAACGGAGGCCGUGUUAAUAUGGUCCAACUAUCGAAAUCUUUAAAUGUUGAUUUAACUAAGAUCGAUUACAUUGCAUCUAAAAUCACGAGUGAAAAUAAAAUUCGAGUUAUGCUGGGACAACUAAUUGAAGAGAACUAUUUAAUGCAAAUUGCUCAGGAAAUCAAUGAAAAAUUGAUUCAGAAGGGAGAAAUUAACAUUUCUAAUCUAACUGUUCAGUAUGAUUUACCUUCUGACUUCUUACAAAGUCUUAUGGAAAAAUACCUUGGCAAAAUAAUUCGUUGUCGUCAGGAUACGUCAAAUCCGAGAAUUUUUUUUACUCAAGCAUAUAUCAAACAGUGUAAAUCAAUAAUAAGGGGCCUUCUAGCAGCAGUCACAAAACCGACAACCUUCGUUUCCAUUCGCCAACAAGCUAAGGUUCCAGAAAAUAUAAUUCUCUCCUUAAUCGAUGAAAUUUCUCCAGCUGGAAGUUUAACAUCGAAACUAUCAAAUGCUGACUAUGUUCCUCAUAUUUACAAUAAAAUGCAGUCAGAUUGGAUAACGUCAUUUUAUAAACAAAAUGGAUUUUUAGAAUAUGAUAUAGUUUCUAAAUUAGGAAUAUCUGACUGUAAGAAUUUCAUCAAAAAGAGUUUCCCUGAUGAGGAGAUGUUAUACUUAACCAAAUCUGUAGUGGGAUCUAAAAUAAUAGAUCUGACUUUCAUUGCGGCUCUAAAUGAAUGUCAUUUAACAAAAGGCUAUGUGGACCUGUCAAGUAUUUUACCAUCUAAUAUGUCUACGGAAAAUAUUCAAGAAUUAUUUCAAACUAUAAUUAACCUACGCAAUAUUCCAGAUAACUUUGUUUGUUUAGAUAAUAUUGUGUUUUCAAAUCAAUUUAUUGAAGCAAUUCUUAAACCUUGUCAUGAUUUGGCUAUUGAGAAAGCAAAAGAAGCCAUAAAAACUGGAAUGUACCAAAAAGAACUGUCUUCAAAAAAAAAUUAUAUACAAGGAUCGAGUACCAAUUCAAAGGUAAACACUAGAACGAUGAGUAAUUUUAAUAAUCAGGUAGAAAAACGUGAAGAACGUCGCAAAAAAUUUACCUGCGGUAAAUCGUCUUCGGGUGCAGGAAAUAAUGGGACAGAAACUAAAUCUAAGGCUGCUAAAAAGAAUAAGAGAUGUGAUAAAUACAAAAUUGGAUGUGCAGACAGCGAUAGUGAUCUAGACAAUCACACAAAUAAAAAAUCAAAUAAGGUAAUGGAACUUAUUAAAAAAGAAGAAAUUGAAAAAAUUAUUUGGAAAUUCCUGAAGGAAGAAGAUCUCGAACACUUAAGUGGAGUUAUGAGUGAUAUUUAUCACAAUGAAAUAAAUCAACGGGCUAUUCGAGAAGCUCACACUCUUUUUGAGACAACAGCUCAAACUAAUACAAGACAAAUUCAUGCAUCGGUACAAGACAAAAUCAAUACAUUAGUCGUUGAUAUUCGUUUAUAUGGACAAGGUUUAAAAGUGUUCCCCAUCGAUGUGCAAUCUCAAAUGCUUAAAUAUUUGAUGAAAACUUUGGGAAAUGAUAUAUGCACAGAGCUUACAAUUUAUAUUGCUAAUGAAUGUAAUUUGAAUAUAAAUUCGGGAAUCACUCUCAAUAUAGAUCAAAGGAAUAAGAUAGCGAAUGAAUGCGAGCCAGAAUAUAAAACGAAGCUAAUUGAGGUCAACAAAGCCUUGAGCAAAACAUUCGAGGAGUUUGUUUUAGCUACUGAAGAAGUUCUUAUAGCAUGCGGAAUGGUUAUUAAGAAAGUUGAUAAGAAGAGGGAUCGGAUUUUAAUAAUUCAGCACAAGGAAAAAUUGUUUAAGCAGUUAUAUGAAACAGAUGACAAUGCCGCAACACUGCAUUUAACAUCAUUGAUAAUAUUUACUAGUAUAACAGGAUUAAUUUUACAUGCAUCUGGUCGAUUUGUACCUCAAAUACUAGCAUUUAUACGACCAAGUAUGAGUUCUGAACAAAAUAUUUUGUUAUUACGAUUUCAUGAUCUUGUGUUGAAAGUUCUGCAGUUAAACACUGAAUGUGAGGAAUAUAAAACUGUAAACAGCGAACUGAACUCUAUGCAGAUGGAAAUAAAAUCUUUGGCUGAGUCGUAUGAAAAACCAGGUGUAACUAAAGUCUAUUAAAAAAUCUUUUUUGAUUUAUCUUUGUUUCAAUUCUUCAUUACAAUUUAAGUUCAAAUCUUUUCGCAAUGAAAAAUAAAAAAAAUAAGCUAGAGAAAA